AUGGGUCAAAAUACACCUGUCCUCGUUGUGGAGCGAAGACGUGUUCUCUCCGGUGCUGCAAAGUGCACAAACGGCAAACGUAAUGUUGCUGCAUUUGUCGCUCGAAAGAACUACGAUCAAUUUAAUUUCCUGUCUGAUUAUCGGUUUCUUGAGUCUCUUGAUAGAGAUAACGAAUAUCGUGAAAAGAAUCUUUAUGACAUACGGAAUUCCUCGAGAGGCCGUCAGAGAACUCAGUCGAAAUUAGUAAUUGCUGCACGUUCUCUUUGCAUUGACUAUCGCCCGUCCUCCAGUAGCCUUCUAACUCGCGCCAAGUUGAACCGCACCCAAUUAAUCUGUGAGAACCCCCCGACAUUGUCGUGGACUGUUGAGUUCUGCUUGCUUUAUCCCAACACCUGUGCUUCGCAGGGAGAGGAAAAGCCAUGGUCGGACUCCGUACUCAAGCCUCUCCACAUUCUCGUCCACGAUUGUCUCUGCGCCUCCCUUUUGUCGGAAAUUUGGCAUGCUAAAAUUUCCAAUCUUACAUCAUCAGAACAAGAGGCAUUGUCGUGCCCUGGACUCUCCGGCGUGCGUAGCGCCGAUGAUGUCGACCCCUCUGUGACUAGUUGGCUUCUUUCUUUGGGUGACUUGCCGCCGUACUUUUACGUCCAGUGUGUCGACAAACAGAGUAGAACCUAUCCAAAACAUGAAAUUUUUCCAGAUUCAACUACCUUGUUGGACGUGUUGAAGUGGGAUAAAUUUGUUGUUCACGAGUUUCCCACAAUUUGGGUUUCGAAAAAGGAACUUUCUUUAUCAUGA